AUGGAGCAAAAACAAAAGAGAGCAUACCGUAAAGCUGGUCCAUUCCAUGUGGAAUUCCAUGGACUUCAAGCUUGCUUACGAGGUGACAAAUACCAAGUAAAUAUCAAAACAAUACUUGUCUCUCAGGCAUUCGUGGAUCUCUGGUGGCUGAUAGGAGAAGAUAGGCAGUUCAUUAAAGCCCUGUUCGAUCUUUUAGACGAGCAGGAGCAUGAUUCCAUGCGGUAUUGUUUGAACAAGUGUAAAAUUACUUCACGAGGGUUUGAAAGUGCGUAUAAUCAGCUUCUUGAUGAUGAACUCCAUUUGGACAAUCUUUAUAAGAAAAUCGUAUUUUCGACCUCAUACUACAGUCAAUUUAAGCGUCUGAUGAAGCGUUAG